AUGGACAACGAAAACUGCCAAAUGUGCAAAGAAAAUCUAAUCUUGCCCCUUCAGCUUCCCUGCAAGCAUAUGUUCUGUUUUCUAUGCGCCAAGGGGCAGGGAUCGAGCUGCUUCAUUUGCAAAAUGUCCUUUGACAAAAAUCUUAUCGAAAAGCCACCGUCGAUGGAUGCUGUUAGAGAAGGAAACAAGGAUAAAAUUCGAUGGUACUAUGAAUCGAAUAAUAAUGGAUGGUGGGAGUUUGAUCCUAGAACUUCUGAUAAAAUCGAAGAUGCAUUUCGUCAGUCACAAGCUACAGUCGAUUUUCCGAUCGGUCAAAGAACGUACGAGAUCAAUUUCGAAGCCAAACGACAGUAUCAGCAAAACGAUACUGGCAAGAAACGAAAAGUUACAAGAAGUUCUAGGCGAGAUAUCCAGAAUCUAAGAGGCGUAGCAGGAGUACCCUUGCAAGAUUAUCGAAGAAACAAUGAUGACGACAUUGAAGGUCUAAGUGACUCUGACGAGGAUUAA